AUUUCUCCAUUUUCACCUCUUCAAGUACACUUAGCUUCUUGAAGAUCAGAGCAUUAUAUUCAUGGAGUCAUCGAGUGAGACCACCACCAAUUCCUCACGGUCUUCCUCUUCUCCUCCGCCUCCUGCCACUCCGCCACCGAUUCCGGUCGUCAGCCCCUGCGCCGCCUGUAAGAUCCUAAGGCGGAGAUGCGCCGAGAAAUGUGUGCUUAAGCCCUAUUUUCCUCCCAACGAUCCACUAAAGUUCACCACGGCUCACCGUGUCUUUGGAGCCAGCAAUAUCAUCAAAAUUUUGCAGGACUUGCCGGAGGCACAGAGGGCGGACGCCGUGAGCAGCCUGGUGUACGAGGCGAACGCGCGGCUGAGAGACCCCGUGUACGGCAGCGCCGGCGCGAUCUGCCACCUCCAGAAGCAAGUGAACGAGCUCCAAGCGCAGCUCGCCGUGGCUCAAGCCGAGCUCGUCAACAUCCAAAUGCAAUGCCAACAGGCGAAUCUCAUGGCCUUGAUUUACAUGGAAAACACGGCGCCGAAAUCUGCUCCACUACAACAAUCAUCCUUUGACGACGACGCCGAUCUCGCCUUCCUCGACGAAAACAACUUCCUCGGAUCUUAUUUCUGGGACCAAUCUCUGUCGAGUCUAGACAUGAUGAGCGUACUGUAGCCAUAUAUGCGAUCGAGCAGCAGUUUUUUCAUCCAUUUUUUGCAAUCGGCCGGGCCGGAAAUUAAAAUUAUAUAUAUUGGUCCGUCUAACCUUUAUAGUAAAUUCCACGAAGUGAGAAUUUUACAGAAAUAAACUUCCUAUAUAGUUUAACAUAUAUACAUAUAUAUAGUUGCAGUUGCAGAACUGAACUGAAAUGUAACAUUAUUUAAUCUUCAAGCCUAGCUUGGCUAGUAAGUUUUAUUUUUAAUUUUACUUCUUAUUUUUGCCCAAUGGUUUCGAUGAAAAUUGAUGGGUUAUGCACUUAUGAAUCAUAUCCUCUGCCAUUUUAAU